AUGGAGUCCUCCGAAUCAGAAGCGGAAAGUCAGGGCGCAGGUGACUCUGACGACGAGAGUGAUGGCCCUGGAUUUGUCACAUUAGGCAGAGACCUCGAUGAAGAAGGUGAGAUCGAUCUUGAUGAGAGCACAUUUGCCGAUCUGGACGCACAGGCUGCUGCAUAUGCGAGGACAGCCCAGGAGGACAAUAAUAAAGAAGCUACAGAGAAUACAAGAAGGCUAGCUAUUGUUGAUCUUGAUUGGGACCAUGUCCGUGCAGCGCAUCUUUACAAAAUAUUUCCGUCACUUGUUUCGCCAGCUGUGCCUGCUACCCUUGCGGCGCCUGUGCCAAUACCACCCAAGGAUGAAAAGCCUCUCAAGAACAUGAAAAGUGCAAAGGCGACGGUCGCAAGAGGGAAGCGCAUCGCAAGAGAGGAAACGGAGGGACCGCCUGUAGAGGUAUUCAAAACGAAGAUAGAAAACGAAGAUGAUGUCAAUGAACGGACGAUUCACGAAACCAGAGACGGAGCGGACUACGAUGAGGACGCUUUGAGAAUGUAUCAGUUGGAGAAAUUACGGUAUUAUUACGCAGUUGUUGAAUGCGACACUGCUGAAGCUGCUGUGCACAUCUACAACGAACUCGAAGGUACCGAGCUUGAGCGUUCAGCAAAUGUGUUCGAUCUCAGCUUUGUGCCUGGUGAGAUGACAUUCGAUGAAGAAUAUCGCGACGAGGCGAUAGAUGAUCCUGGAACACGGUAAUGAGUAAUGGUAAUGUGUCUCCGAGACGGAAGAAUAUGAAUAUUGAAGCAGCGAAUAUUGAAGCAGCGAGAAAUAGGAUGGAAGCAGUGGGUCACUGUUGCAGUCAACGACCUCCGAAAAAUAAGGAUCGUAGUGAGUGGCGAAUUCCUUGACAUGUCCAACAUAUAACACCAGGAGAGUGCGACUACCCGUGAACAUACCCAUAC